CCUUCUCCCAUCUUGUAUAAGCGUUUACCAGGCGGUUACGACAGAUACGAUCCAGUCGAUAACAAACCAUGCUGUGGCAUUGCACAGUCUAGCUGAAGCUCACACUUCUAAGGAUUUAACUGUCUCUGAUCCAGGCAGACUGCACUUUUAAGAAAUAGAUACGUUGGUACAUUGGAAAUCUAUCCAUAUACAUCCAGUGUUCUGGGUCUUGGGCUAACGUUAACUUUUCUCGCUGUGUGAAUCCAGCGUGCGCGUCACUGCAUUUCAGCAGGUUAAAGAUAGCUAACCAAAAUAAAUCAAUUGAAGAUGAUGAGCAACACAGUUACCUCCAAGCUCCUUGGGUCGUUGCGAGGAUUUGUAAGUCACCGAAUGAGCUAUGCUCAGAGUGCUGCCACUUCUGCUGAGAGGGAGAUCAUUAAAAGUCGUGAGUUGGAGAAGGAUGAACUUCGACCACUCUACAUGGACUUCCAAGCCACAACACCUAUGGACCCCAGAGUUCUGGACGCCAUGCUUCCCUACCAGGUCAACUACUAUGGCAACCCUCACUCCCGAACACACGCUUACGGGUGGGAAAGUGAGAGUGCUAUGGAGAAAGCCAGAAAGCAAGUAGCAGACCUGAUUGCUGCAGAUCCCAGAGAGAUAAUAUUCACCAGUGGAGCCACUGAGUCAAACAACAUGUCAAUCAAGGGCGUGGCUCGUUUCUACAAAGCCAAGAAGAAGCAUGUGAUCACUACUCAGACGGAACAUAAGUGUGUUCUAGACUCUUGCCGUGUCCUGGAGUCGGAGGGAUUCAGCAUCACCUAUCUCCCAGUCAAGACCAACGGACUGGUUGACCUUGAGCUGCUGGAGGAGAGCAUCCGUCCAGACACCAGCCUGGUUUCAGUCAUGACUAUCAACAAUGAGAUUGGAGUGAUGCAGCCAGUGCGGGAGAUAGGUCACAUCUGUCGCUCCAAGAAUGUGUUCUUCCACACGGACGCCGCGCAGGCCGUUGGCAAGAUCCCCAUCAAUGUCUCUGACUGGAAGGUGGACCUCAUGUCCAUCAGUGGACACAAGAUCUAUGGACCCAAAGGUGUGGGAGCUCUGUACGUGCGGAGGCGUCCGCGUGUGAGGAUGGAGCCGCUGCAGAGUGGGGGGGGUCAGGAGAGGGGGCUGCGCUCUGGAACCGUGCCCACUCCUCUGGCUGUUGGCCUGGGUGCUGCCUGUGAGAUCUCCCAGCAUGAGAUGGAGUACGACCACCGACGUGUGUCCAUGCUGGCCAACCGACUAAUCAAGAAAAUUAUGUCCGAGAUCCCAGAUGUGGUGAUGAACGGAGACCCUGACCACAGAUACCCAGGCUGUGUUAACCUGUCAUUUGCCUACGUGGAGGGAGAGAGUCUUCUGAUGGCCCUGAAAGACAUAGCUCUGUCAUCUGGGAGUGCCUGCACCUCUGCAUCUCUAGAACCUUCCUAUGUUCUGAGGGCCAUUGGCACAGAGGAGGACCUAGCCCACUCUUCCAUCCGGUUUGGGCUUGGUCGCUUUAGCACAGAGGAGGAAGUGGACUACACAGCAGACAAAUGCAUCCAGCAGGUCAGAAGGCUCAGGGAUAUGAGCCCUCUGUGGGAGAUGGUUCAGGAGGGUAUUGACAUAAAGAGCAUCAAGUGGACCCAGCACUAGAGCCUCUAGACAGCAGCCUACUAGAACCUCCUCAUAUCUAGUUGGCCAGGACCAUCUCCCUUAGGAGCUCCUUAACACACACGCCCUCCUGUCAAGAAACACGCACAAGAUUCCAACCCCUCAAUCCCUCUCCUCACCCCCCAGGUGUGAGAGCACACCAGGCUGUGGGGGGGGGGAUUUUCAUUUUCUAUCAACAUUGUUGUUGUUUUUUGUUCCUUCACGUUCAGCAAAGUUUUAUUGAUACUUAAAUGAUGUGCUCUUAAGUAAAGUGGAGAGUGGAAUAUAUUUUUCUGGCUUGGCUAUAGGGCCUGUCUUCUCAGUUGUGUGUGUGUGUGUGUGUGUGUGUGUGUGUGUGUGCGUGUGUGUAUGGAAGUGAUUGAGUGAGAGUUGCCAGGUUAAUCAGAUACAAAUCUAUUUACUGUUCAUUUAUAGCCUCUGUCAGCCAUGAUGGAAUUGUCUCCGUAAAUAAGACAGGUAUAAUAUUCACACGGACGCUCCUCUGUUCAACCCAAUUGAAGACAUCUUCUCACACCUGAUGUAUUUGUUUACCAAUUAUCCUAUUACCUUCAGGACUUUAAUUGCAAACAGGACAACAUAAUGUACACUUGCUUGUGUCCAGUAAAUGUAAACCUGCAUAGUUACAUGUAACCCAUUUCGUCUCCAAGCACUGUUUCUGAUUCCAUUAUUACCAAUAAAUAGCUUCAUGCUUA